AUAUGCUCCGUGUGUAAUUUGUGGGAUUUAUGAAUCAUUCUGGUGUAGUCUUGGGAAGUGUGUUUUUUCCUCUUCUUCUUUUUUCGUCUAAAUGGGUGAUCACGCAUUCGCUUUGCAGCCGCCUGGUCCCUCUAACAUCCUAUCCCUGUCGGAGUUGUCCCACUUCAUCAGAUACUACAGCAGCCCGGCAAGUCCGGUGCACGAUCCGCCACAUUACCACCAUAAUAAUAACUCCUCGUGUCUGUUUUCCCCUGUUGCAGCUCAGCAAACCAUGCAGGAUGAUUUACUGAUGGACAAAAACAAAGCCCAGCCUCACCAUCAGCAAGAUCCGACGCAAGUAGACCCUCCUCCCUCCACACCGACCCCGUCAUCGGAGCCCACUUCUUCUUCAUCCGAGUCGGAGAGCCCGUCGACCGGGAGCAACCAAGCGGCUUCAGCGCUGAACAGCAGCAGCAGUAAGGACAAAGUGCCGAUGGAGUCGCCGAUCCUGCCCGGGUUGAGCUUCCACCACCAGCCGCAGGAGACCGGCGGCCCCCUUUCCUCCCCUUCCUCCUCGUUUGGGAGCACUUGGUCCACGGGAACCACAAACGCCGUGGACGAUAGCUUUUUCCAGGGAAUACCCUCCGUGAACGGGACGAUGCUUUUCCAGAACUUCCCACACCACGUCAACCCGGUCUUCGGGGGUAAUUUCUCCCCGCAGAUCGGUCUGGCUCCACAGUCCCAGCAGCAUCAACAGCAGCAGCAGCAGCAGCAGCAGCAAGCCCAGCAGCAGCAGCAGCAGCAACAGCAGCAGCAGCAGCCCCAGCAGAGGAGAUCUCCUGUCAGCCCCAGCCAAGGCCCCUUCCCCCAGAGAAACGCUUAUCAAACCAUCAUGAAUAACAGCAAGGGGUCGUCGUCGUCUUCUUCUGCCUCGUCGUCCGCUUGGAAUAACCACCAAAACGCCGCGUGGAGCACAGCCUCCAACCCCUGGAGCGGGCUGCAGGCAGGCAGGGACCCGCGCAGAGCGGUGGGCGUCGGGGUAGGGGUCGGGGUUGGAGUCGGCGUCGGAGUCCCGUCACCCCUAAACCCGAUCUCCCCCAUGAAAAAGCCCUAUACCAGCAACGUUAUAGCACCCCCCAAAUUCCCGAGACCCGGUCCCCUCACACCCAAGCCCUGGAUGGAGGACAGCGCAUUCAGGACUGACAACAGCAACAACAUACUGCCUUUCCAGGACCGGAAUCGGCCCUUUGAUGCUUUUAGCUUGCACUCUUUGGAGAAUUCCUUAAUGGAUAUGAUAAGGACUGACCAUGACAAAGGUAAACCACACCCUGCCGGUGGCCCACCAAUGACUAUCGCUGAUAUUAUAUGGAGGAAUCAUUUUGCAGGACGUAUGGGCCUGAAUUUUCAUCAUCCUGGAGCAGACCACAUAAUGCCGUUGAACACCCGGAGCUAUGGCCGCAGAAGAGGUCGUUCCUGUCUCUUCCCCUUUGAAGACGGCUUCCUCGACGACGGCCACGGCGACCCCUCCUUGACUCCGGGCCUGAACUCACCGACCCGCUGUCAGAACGGAGAGAGGAUGGAGCGCUACUCCAGGAAGGUCUUCGUCGGAGGCCUCCCCCCUGACAUAGAUGAAGAUGAAAUUACCAACAGUUUUCGUCGCUACGGGCACCUGGUGGUGGACUGGCCCCACAAAGCUGAGAGCAAAUCCUACUUCCCACCUAAAGGCUACGCCUUCCUGCUGUUCCAGGAAGAGACCUCCGUUCAGGCCCUGAUCGACGCCUGCAUCGAGGAGGACGGCAAGCUUUACCUGUGUGUAUCCAGUCCCACCAUCAAAGACAAACCGGUCCAGAUCCGUCCCUGGAACCUGAGUGACAGUGACUUUGUCAUGGACGGCUCCCAGCCUCUGGACCCCCGCAAGACCAUCUUUGUUGGGGGGGUGCCGCGGCCCCUGCGUGCAGUGGAGCUGGCUAUGAUCAUGGACCGGCUGUACGGAGGUGUUUGCUACGCUGGCAUCGACACCGACCCGGAGCUCAAAUAUCCAAAGGGAGCCGGCCGCGUGGCCUUCUCCAAUCAGCAGAGCUACAUCGCUGCCAUCAGCGCUCGCUUCGUUCAGCUACAGCACAAUGACAUCGACAAAAGGGUGGAGGUGAAGCCGUACGUCCUGGAUGACCAGAUGUGCGAUGAGUGCCAGGGGGCACGCUGUGGGGGGAAGUUUGCCCCCUUCUUCUGUGCCAACGUCACCUGCCUGCAGUACUACUGCGAGUACUGCUGGGCCAGCAUCCACUCACGAGCCGGCCGAGAGUUUCACAAGCCACUGGUGAAGGAGGGGGGCGACCGCCCUCGACACGUGUCCUUCCGCUGGAGCUGAGGGGGGUCUGGAGUCGGCCCUGCCCCGGCGAACCCACACCCGGCCCCUGAAAGCCUCCUGCAGCCCGGGACAGCGCUGCGACCCCCACCCCCUCCUCCCACCGCCCCACCUGCUCCACCCUGUUCCCCACAAACACCUCAUGAAAAAAGCAAAAAGGAUCCCAUCAGAUAAACGAGACUUCCUUCAUCCCACGUGGCUCUGAACUCAUUGUCUAGUGCUCCCCUCUGAUGAAGCUUUGUGGGGAAACGAAAAGUCCAUCAGCUUAGAAUUUGCACUUUGGCACUAAAUCUCACUAAACACACACACACGGGACGGUUUGUCCGACACCUGGCUACUGUCAGUUCCCUGUUCUGUUGACUGGCUGGUGUGGUACGUCCUGCUGGACCCCCCCGCGCUGACACAGAGGUGGGAUCUUACAAAUAUUUAAAAAAAAGUAUAUAUUUUUUGUUUUGUACCUAUCUAUACAUAUAUAGAUAAUUUAAAUUUUAUGUAAAAGGAGCAUGCACUUAUUUUCAAAAGCUGUAGUUAUAUUGCCCCUAGUAAAAAAAAAAUAAUUUACCAAAGGCAAAUUAAAUUCAUGCAUACAGAAAAGCAAAAUAGGAGGCAUAAGAUGUAGCAAGAUUUACCAACUAUCCAGUAGUGCGGGCCCGUAUCGCCCACCGUAAAGAUAACACGGCUAUAUUCGCUCUCAAUUCUGACUCUGAAAAUAUUAAUACCUCAUAUGCGCAAUCAGAUUAGUUUGCUUUCGAUUUCUAGGUCUUUAUUUUUAUAAUAACAUUAUUUUUUAGUGUUAUGUAAAUGUAAUGCUGCAAUAGCUUUGCUGCUAAAUCCAUGGUAUAAACACAUACCAUACGUACUUUAUUCAGGCUAGGGUGUAAAAAUAAAUCGACGACAGAGAAGCGCCCGGUGUUUGACGAACGACGAGCCGUCGCAGGGGGACGGGGGGGCGCCCCGAGGUCCACGACGGCCAGCUCCGUGGGGGGUCGGGGUGGGUCGCCCCCUUAACUGCAUGUUUAUUUCAAUCAGGUUGCUGCAUGCAAUAGACUUUUCAAUAUCAUGUCUACUAUUGGAUUCUGCCCAUGUUUGCACAACACACUUAUAGACGUACGUUUGACUCGCACGAAACUGGACAGAAACAGGGAAGACUGGUCACACGGCUCCUCCUCGUCGCUGGGAGGGGGAAAAAAAAAAAGCAGAAAAAAGAAAAGAAACGUAAUAAUCACAAAUCAAAUUAAAUGUAGGAUUACCAUUUAAAACUGUCUAUGAUAGGUGAAGUACUUUUUUGCAGUGAUUGUUGAUAUAAUUGUGCAAUUUUUUAUACCGUAUGUAGUUAGGUCUGAGUAUGCCUAGAACUGUGAUUCGCUUUAACUGUCGUCAAUGUCCGACAUAGAAGUCCUGUGAAACUUCAUAACUAGUGUAUGCACACGUAUAUAUGUUUCUCUUGUACACACACACACACACACACUUGCACCAGUAUAUACACACACACAGAAGCCUCUCGACACACACACACAUGAACACACACUCGGACGGCUGUCUUUCUUACGCACACAAACAGGCCUACAAACAGCGAGUCUGAUCCGAGGAGAAGACGCAACAAUGUGAGCUUAAACUGAGAACUGAGGUCUUUUAUUAUUAUGAUUAUGAUUAUUAAUUAUUACUAUUAUUAUUAUUAUUUGUUCCACCGUUGACUAAAAACGCACGUUUACGUCCCAGAAUGCAACCAAAGAGCUCACGUGUUCGACUUUUAGCGGAGCGGCUAACAGGCGGAGGAGCUGACGGUACGGCGGCGGUGCGUCGCUUAGAGGAGGAAAGAGGGCAGUUUGGCGAAGAGGAAGUUUUUUUUUUUUGUUUUUUGUUUUUCGGGGGGGCUGUAAAAAAAAAAAAAAAAGAGACAUUGAAGCUACUGGAGACUUGAGGUUGAUAAACUGAGCCCUGCACAUGCUCUCACUAUAAGCGGGUGGGGAGGGUCGGGGAGGCGGGAACGACGACGCCAGAACGACGCGAGCUUGGGGUUACCACAUUUAUCCAGAUUUGUUUUUUUUUUUUCCUGCAAAGCUUGAAGUAAUGAACCUGCUAAAAGAAAACAAAAUGGUGGAAAUCUAUAUAUAUAUAUCUAUAUUUUUUGUUUUUAUCAAAAGAUUAUGGUGCGCAGUUUAAACAGGAGUGGGUGGGGUGGGGGUGGGUUGGGGUUAUGGAUGCAAUUCAUUAAGUAUUGGCUGCUGAGGACAGGGCGGCUCUGGUUCUGGAGGGUCGGGAUGGGUCGGCGGGGGGGCCAAGUUACACUGGUUAUAGCAGUUUUGCGCACGAUCCCAACCGGAUCCGGCAUCACUGCAAGUUAAUGUGUGUCGCCCCCUCCCCCACUUUUAUUUUUUUAAUUUUUAAUUUUUUUUUCCUUUCCGUGAGUUGUGAUUGUCCUGUGCUGGCGCCCCGCAGUCCCUCUCCUCUUUCUUGUUUUAGUCGUAAACUGUUUUUUUUUUUUUUUCCCCCCUUUUCCUUUGUUUUCUUGUCCGACAAAAGCUAAUUGAAACUAAGCAGAAGAUACUUUUUUACUGAUAAAAACAACAACAACAACAACAACAAAGGCUAACCAUGAGUAAUAAUAAGCAUCCCUAUGAAAGUGAAUUCUGGGUGUUUUUUGUGACAUUUCUUUCCCCACCCGGACAGGUUUUCUAUGUUUGUUCCUUCUCUAUGAUAGAUAUUUGUUAUGCACUACUCUUUGUAUCUGAACAGUUUUCAACAGUCAGCAGUUCUUUUUGUUAAAAGACGAAGAAAAAAAAAAAAAAGACAAAAAAAAAGACAACGAUAAAGCGUGCUUUCUGACUGACAAGAUCUUUUGCAAUACCUCAAUUUUGAAAUAUAUUAGGAGAGAAACAGAUAUUUUCUAAGUAAGUUUAUUCAGAUGAAAAAAAUAUAUAUUAAUUUAAUUCUUCAAGAGAAAUGAUUUAACAGAUGGUUGAUUUUUUUUUAAAUUUUUGUCAUGCUUUUUUUUUUGUUUUUUUGUUUUUUGUUUUUUGCUCUUAUUUUAAGAAUUUAUUUUUUUGGAAAAAGACAACAACUGAAGGAGCUUUAUAACUAAUAUAACCACGUAGUUAGCGAGUCUACUUUAUCGCAGUGGAAGCGAGGCGCGAGUGUCCCACUGGUCAAAUUGGUCGAAACAUCCGUGACGAGAAGAGCUCUUUAGGAAAAAAGAAAAAAAAAUCAGACAUCAGGUGCUCAGAGAGUUUAAACGAAAACCUAUUUCCCACCUUUUUGUAUAUUUAUAAUCAAUCAUUUACUAUGCUGACCAGAGUUGUGAAAGAGAUCUUCUGUUCGUUAUUUUUUUAAGAGAAGUUUUUUAUGUUUCCUAAAAGUAUGUGCUCCCUUUUGUUUUGUACAAAAAAAAAGAGAAAAAAAAGCAACUGAUUGGUUAGCCUGACGCCGUUGGGAGUGUAAAAAAUAAUAAAGCGAGAGUCACUGGACAGCUGGAGGUAGAAAGAAAAGAAUGUUAUUUUUAACACAAAACAGACACAAGUGUUUUCACCUGUAACUUGACCGAAAGCCCCCAAGGUGCAUCAAUUGACUGGUGGCCUUUCUAUUCACGCAAGACUUGAAUUAGUCCCAUUUUUUUAAAGGCUAAGAACCUUGAUUCUUUGUUGUAAUGUGCAAUACUGUUUGUACUGUUUGUAGAAAAGAAGAAAACAAGAAAAAAGAGGCAUAAAUCUUUAUUGCAGAAUUAUUUUCAUUGCAAGCAUUGUGAUUCACUAAAAAUCAUUUUCUACUGUGUAUUUACCUACUCUACCUGCUAGUACCUUCCAGUAGUAAUGUAGCCUUUGUACUGAGAAAUUUUCAUUAUUUUUUAGAAAGUUUUGCUAAAAAAGAAAAGAAUUUAAACAUAUUUACAUUUUUAUUUCUUUAUUUUUUUUUUCUUUUACAGACUUAUUUCUCAACCAUUAAUAGUUAUUUCUGGGGGAGACUUUCAUAUCUGGUCAAUGUCAUUAAUAUUAUUUUGUAUUUUUACUUGGAAUAAAUUAAUUUUAUGAUGCUAAUUCUUUAAAA